AUGACUCACUCAGACGAUCCUAAUGAAGAUACUGAGUGGAACGAUGCCUUAAGGAAGUUUGGUAUUAUUCCUCCAAAAGAAGAAGAGAGAGAUGAAGUUGAGGAAAUGGCCCUGCGUUUACAGGAAGAGGCCAAAAUUAAGCCCUAUGAACACAUGAACCUUGAGGCACUAAAGGAAGCAGAGGAUGAAUUUGAUGAGGCAGAUGAGCAAGCUAUUGAAAAGUACAGAAGUCAGCGACUGGCAGAGUGGCAAGCUGUGCAGAGAAAAAGAAAAUUUGGAGAACUGAUUGAACUCCAAGGAGAUGAGUAUGUCAAGCAAAUCACAUAUGCAGGAAAAGAAAUAUGGGUUGUGCUUCAUCUUUAUAGACCAGGAAUACCAAUGUGCACUUUGGUCAAUCAUCAUUUGACUGAGCUUGCCAAAAAAUUCCCAGAAACUAAAUUCAUGAAGGCUAUUGCAAAUAUUUGUAUUCCUAACUACCCAGACAAAUACUUGCCAACUAUUUUUAUAUAUUUUGAGGGUCAAUUGAAGGCAAGGUUCAUUGGAUUGGAGUGUGGAGGGCCAGAUCUGAAGAUGAAAGAGUUGGAGUGGAAGGUGGCAAAUACAGGUGCAGUAAAAUCAGAUUAUGAAGAGAAUCCCAAAAAUCAGUUGUGA